UUUAUAAUUUUUGUCGUGACAGGAGAAGCAUAAUAUAGAAAGAAACAUCAAUGCUCACUCAACCAGACGUGACUGUGGUUUGACAAGACCAGGAUGUGGUCAUAUCCUAUUUGAAAACGUAGCAACGAAAAAAAUAUGUGAUGCUUUUCAAGGCACAAGGAUAUUUGUACAAAUUUGAAAAUGGUUGAAAUAGAAAUCUGACUCGCGAGCUCAAUUUAUCUGAGUGGACAUCAGACAAGGAAGUAUAUUACAUAUCAGAUCAUGUCACAUCAAUUCUCGUGUGAAGGGUGACGCAUACGACCAAUACGUUCUCAAGCAAGACGAUGUAAGCCCCAGUAUGACCUAGGGGAAACAAGGGGACUGACAGCUAUGGACAACUUGAUUGACAGCUUGUCGGCUCAUCUAGCACCACUGUCAAGCUAACUCACACCAAGGUGUAUGACAAGAUGGAUAACGUGAUCAAACAGGGAUAUCUACGGAAGGCCUUCUCGUCAGAGAGGGGACUCUCCAACCUGCUUGAUAAAAUUGACCCCAACAAGUGGUUUGUUUUUCUUGUGCGGCAGGGAAAGCCGAUCUUGGAAUAUUAUGAUAAGGAGACUGAUGUUUUCUCUGCGGAACCAAUCAACACAUUUGACCUCUCAACCUGUAAGCAAGUGACCUUCACCUUUCUGCGCAAUGCUCGGAUUCACACUUUCAACAUCAUACUUGGUGACAGGGUCAUUGAACUUGCUACAACCUCCAGGGAGAUGAUGAUAUCGUGGUGUGACUGUCUGGAAAGUACACUACAACGACUUGGAAUUCUGAGGAAAGAAGAUCAUGAGCAUGUUUACUCGUUCUGUCCGGCUGUGGUCAACAAGAUUGGACAUGCAAACAAAGAUGAGCAGGAGGAGGAUUCAAAAGAAGAGGAAGGGGCAACAGCAAACUAUUCUGUACCUGACGAAGACAUUUUCGGGACAGUUAGAGCAAUGCAACAGGUGGAAGAAACGGAAAAAGAAAAGACAGAGAGAGACUUUACUGACGAACUCAUUCGUAAAGUUAGCAAUGCUAGUCUUGCUAGUGAAGAAGACACAUCUGACUAUUCCGGGGACUUCGUUGGCAGGGAAUUCUUCCAAAAGCAUCGGAUUACAUUGAAAGAAAAGAAAGGAGAUUCUUUGGGGAGGUCAGUUGUGGUUAAAUCGGACAAGAUGGCUGUGGCAAACAUUCAAAAUCAACCUAAGACUGUGGAGGAUUCAAAUAACAAUACCAAUAGUUUUGGCAGUGAGGGCAAAUGUAUAGAUGAUUUGGAUGAUGGGUAUUCAGAACUUACAAACUGGCUUGUGAAAGAUUCAAAAUUUGGGGAAGUUGGACAAAAUGGAAUGGAUGUCUACAAAAAUGUGUCACCUCCAAAUCAAAAGACCACCGUUUUAUCACAUAUCAAAAAUCAGGGUUCACUCUCAGAUGGUAUAUCAAAGGAAAAGCUUGUUGUGGACUUACCUAAGGAAGCCUCUUGUAGCAAUGACUCUGGUUGUCGACAUUCGGGAGGGGAUGCAUUUUCUGCAGCUGCUGCUCAAGAUUCAGGAUUAAGAGGUGGUGGUGCUCGUAAUUCUGAUCUUGUCUCAAAUACAAACCAACGAUCUGAAAAUCUCUAUAGUGCUUUCCCUGGUGCUGAAGAACCGGAGUUUUCUGAAACAUUCACAUCACCUGCUGAAACUUCUUUAAAAAGUGUUGAUCCUCUUCCCAGGUGUGUUGCUCCAAGUAAUAAACCAAUACCAAGGAGACGCACACAUGUUCCCCAUUCUAAAAGUGUUGAUCAUGGAAGCACAAAAUUGUUUAAGAACUGGGAGACUUUUGAAUCAGAUGUCCCUCCACCCAUAUGCUCAGUUCCCCCUUCCCAACGAGCUCCUGCAGCAAAAGACCUAGUGAGCAAUGGCACAGCCUGCAUCCCACCAUUGCCACCAAGAUUUGACUCUUUGCCCUCAUGGUGUUCCGAGUCCACUGAUGACACCAUGGUCAAACACAUCCAGGACCGCCCAAUGCCCAGAGUUCCAUCUCCAGUCUUUAGCCACAUGACCCAGUCUUACACAGGACCUUCAAGCCAGGAUGUUCCCCCAAUUCCACCAAGACGGGAUUCCCGGGGAGGCAGGGCAGCGAGCACAUCAGACAUUCCUCCACCCCUCCCGGCAAGAAGAAGUCAGAGCUUUCGAAUCCAACGACCAAUAACAUCUCCUCCUAACUUGAGUGGGGAUGGGACAUUUUCGGAUCAUCCACCACCAACACCACAAGACAUCGAUGAUGCUGUUGUCCGGAGGCCAGAUCGCCAGUUGUCAAUAAGGAUGAGGAUGGCGAGGGGACAGAGUGCUCAUACUGUGAUAUCACUGAAACACAAUCAGAUAGACAUUCUUCAAGGGGAGAUGUUUUCUGCUGGUGUUGCUCUGGAGCUUACUCCAAAGUCUUGUCAGGGGAUUGCCUUGGUGGAUAUCAACAAGAAGGUUUGGAUUGGAGGCUGGAAUUGGAAGGACUUCCCGCGCCUCCACAGCAAGUUCCAUGUUGGUGACGAGAUACUGAGCAUCAACAGCCAACCUGUGGAAAACGCCCAUAUGGCCAUGAAGACCUUGAAGCAUGCAUCGAAACAGAUGGAGGUCGUGGUCCGCCGCAUCCCCAAUGCCAGAGUUUUCGAGAUCAGGAGGUCAGCGGAGGGCCAGAGUCUUGGCAUCAGAAGAGAAGGAGGAACGGGCGAGAUUCUGUAUGUUGACCCAAAUGGUCUGGCAGCAAAACAUGGCCUACUGUCCAAGGGGGAGUGUGUGCUGAACCCAGGUCACCUCUGUUCCUGGUACAUCACCGAGAUCAACAGCAGACCUGUCAGCCUCUAUUUCAAGGAUCUUGAGAUUGAGCACAGACUGAAUGCCGUUGGCCUUGAGAUAUCAUUUGUGGUCCAGCCAUCAGACUAUAUCACUGAGAUAAAGAAACAGAUAAAGAAGAUGAAGAACUACAAGAGCUACAUCCCACAGUGAUCAGUCUUGAAAGCUUCGCAGGAAUUUAUGCAUUCAUUUGCUUGUGAUAUACGUGUAGCUGUUUAAUCCUAUGUGCUUUCAAAAUGUUUAAGCUUGUUAUUAUUGUCUAUUUAUUUGACCCAAAGUCUUCAUUAGCUUCAACAUAGAAACAGAUUCUUUCUGACAGCGCUAUCUGAUCCCACUACUCAUCUGUCAGAUGUGGGGGCACGGGUGGCCAAGUUGUCUGAGGCGCCGCGAUUAGCUGUGCAGAGUUGCGUCCCCUGGGCAUGCCAGAAAGCUAUGAUUGUGGGUACGAAUCCCAGUUCGCCCUGAUUAUGUUUCUAGG